AAGCUCACAUAUGAGCGAGAUUUCCAGACCAAUCCUUUAUGCCAGAUAAAACCAGAGGGGCGACCUGAUUUAGAAGUUGUCCUUGGUCAAGCCCUAACCCCGUCUAAGUCGGGCUUUUCACAAAACAGGUAUUUCAGUAAAAUCAGAUAUUUUAUUCAGUUUGCUGUUUUUCCAACUGUUCAUAAAUCACUUGAAAGUAAGCUUAACAAAGUUAAUUAUUAUGAGAUAAAGUGCCAAUAAAUUUUGAGAAUUUUGUGAUAUGAACUUUUUUGUUGUAGGAUACAAAAAUCUGAUGGGGGUGAAAACAUGUUCCUCCCUUCAUUUAUGCACCAGCAGUCAAGAGUAAUAAGUUGCUUUUGUUAUGGGAGUACAAUAUUGUGUGAAAUACUUGCUUCAGUCCCCUCUGAAAUUUGCUUGCUUACAUUGGAUAGAGUUUUAUAAUGCAAGAGAUGGUAGCAAAAGGUCGCAAUCUCAAAUUCAAAAGGAUGACUAUUUAAAACAUAAUUUAUUAAAACUAAAUUGUACACUGAGGUCUAAAUCAGUGAGGGCCAUGUUGCUCAAUAUUUUUAAAAACACAUUUUUUGAAAAAAAAUAUUCUCAGUCCUAGCUACCUUAUUUUCCACUGUACAAGUUGAACGGGUGUAUUUAUAAGUCAACCCUUCUUUUUGACCCUGUGAAUGAAGAUUUUUUUGAUUUUGGGUGUCCAUCUUAAGUUACUUCAUUUAGCUUCCCUGUGUCUCUUUGUAUAAAUUUGUUGUUAAUCCUUAACAUAUAUUGUAUUGCAUAUCAGUCGGUGUUCUGGUGACUGCUGAGUAAGAUGCUGUCACUGUUACUUACCUCAAUACUUAACCAAGACUAGAUUUGUUGGUAAUGGCACUUGAAAUGAAAUGAGAACCACAAAGCAAUAAAACAAAGUAGCCCCCUUCCUUUUAUCAGCAAUACAAUUUACAAACUCAGUAUUUUAUAUAUAUUCCACCUUGUUAACUUUGUUUAGAGGCCCAAACUAAAACAUUCUAUUUCAUUAUAGAAUAACCAGUCUGGUUCAAGAGGUGGAUGCAAAAUGAAUACUCAGCCCAAGAAAGUGACUGAUUUUCCAAGUGUACAACCUCAAGUUGAGGUAAAUAUCCAGUAAUAGACCUUGUCACGGUUUUCGAUGCCAUCUUGACGAGUAGGCAAAUGCGUGAGAAAUUAUUGCCAGUGUUUGUAUGGGAAUCUAAUGUCGAAUAAUUUCCGUAACAUGGCUGUUUUGAAAAAAAUAUGAAUUGUAAACUAAAGCUUCACUCUUAAGGAUAUAUUCUACUAUUUCAUGUGCUAGAAGACCAGGUAAAACCUUUUUUUAAAUUUUUUUUUAUACAUUUGUCUGUAAAAAUUUCCCGGGAAAAAUUGCAGACAAAUAUGGAAAAUGUAAAGCAAGCAUCUGGAGAAAUUUAAGCACAGUCCUGGCCCCCAAAAUUUGUUAGUAGAAUCCUUUGCUGUUUAGCUUUAGUUUACAAUUCAUAUUUUUUUCAGAACAGCCGUUUUAUUUGAAACUAUUCGACAUUGGAUUCUCAUACUCAUCAAGAUGGCGUCGAAAACCGUGUCAAGGUCUAUUCCUCAAUGUAAAGGCAGCGUGCCGAGAGAAUUGUAAUAAUGGUGGAGUGCCUUAAUUGUCUUUCAUGGUAUUGAAUAGUAAGUCACAUACAAGUCUAUGUAUGAUAUGUGGGUGGGUGUAUGUAUGUGGGUGUUUGGGAAUUAAAGAGGUUUUUUAUUUAUUUAUUCGCACAGUUUUCAAAUACUUAAACAGUGAUUAAUACUGAAUUCUUUGAUGUGAAUAGUUGAGGAGAACUGAAAACAGAUGGGUGAGACAAGGUGAAAUUGCUAAAACUGGAAGUGAAGAGGAACAGAAAACAGAGGUAAUUUUUAUCUUGAAAUCUUAUGAUGUAGAAUGUGUCUUGGGACUCUAGCAGAGUAUACAGCUACUCAAUCUUUGUCAUUUUUACUAGGAGUUGUUCCGCAAAGUUAGAAGUAUUCUGAACAAACUGACACCUCAGAAGUUCCAGACUUUGACCCAGCAGAUUAUUGACCUGGAUAUUGACACUCCAGAGAGAUUGGAAGGUGCCAUUGACCUAAUUUUUGAAAAGGUUUGUACCAGGGGAAUAAACACAGCAUGGACAUGAAAAUAUCUUAAGACUCAAAAAGUUGUUCAGCAUGUGCAUGCAUGGGUGCCAGAGUACUCUUUUGAGGGAAAUAGUUUAAAUGUAUGCUUUAAAGUCUGAAGUCAAGUUCUGGAAUUGAUUCUAGAAACUCCUCUUGUUAAUAAUUUCUGUCUGUGACUCUUUGUGCAGUUCCAGAACAUAUCCAAAGUCCAACACCAAGGAGUUGUAUUUCUGUCAGGAGUACUCAUGCAGUAGGGUCAGGGAAAAGAUCUAUUGAGAAUGGUCAGCUCGUAUGUGUAGCUCUUCCUCUUUCCUUUUUUCAUAAGUCCCUAUGACAUGCAUCUUCUGUUGAUAUUUAGGGUUGGGGACAUUGAUUGAGUCCUAUCACCUAUUGUAAUUUUGUGAAACCUGAGACAGCCCCUGCUGCAAAUGGUGGGUUCAUACUGUCAAACUGGACAUUGGAUAAUUUCUUUGUGCUGCACAUUAUGCAGGGGUUUCAAUAAGCACUGACGGCCGAUGAAACACGUUGGCUCCUCAGCUCAUAGAGGUCUGCUACUUUUUACAGAAAAAAGAAGCAACUAGUUUGAAUAAUGGUUUAAACAAAAAAUAUAUCAUAAAAUCUGAAUGAAAACGUAGUAAUUAUGAUAUUUGUUUUCCCAAAGGCCCACUGGUUUUACCUUAUGCUUUAGUCAUGUGAACGCUAUAUUUCAGUCAUUUUUUCAAAAGUUUCUUCAUAGGUUUACGCAGAAUUUGUUUACGUGCAAAAGUACGUAAUUUAGUUUUCAUGAUGGUUGUUCAUUGCUCGUAGGAAUUGAUUGUGUGACUGAUAAAUGGAAAUCGACAUUUUCUUGAAUGAAAAACACGCUCUUUUGUCCUCGAAUUUAGUCCCCAGAACGCUGAAAAUCGCAUUUCUAGGGCUUUGAAAUUUCAAAAUCUUUUGGGGCGGAAUGCGCUUUGAUUCCCCCAGAAAAGGAGACCAACGGCCCCUUGUUGAUACAGUCGGUUACUCUAUCCAAACUGCUGGCUACUUCAAUUUUUAUUGAAGCCCCUGAUUAUGGCAUUUUCAAAUUAUGCCAUUUGGCUACAACUACCUGAUUUCAAUCCAUUUUUCUCUUUCUUUUUAACAAUUAGUUAUCCCAGUGAAGCUUGGUCAGGAGCUAAUUUUCACAAAUCUUGCAGCAUUCUUGUAGUUGUAUCCAAAUUACUUGAUUAAUUAUACGGUAUUGAAACCCAAUGGAAUCACAAGUCGUAUUCCGCGAAUUGGGUGGUUUUGGAUCAGGUUUGAGUGUUUAAGCUGUCUUGCUGUGGAUACAGUUUUCAAGUGACAUUUUUGUUGUUGUUGCAGGCUAUUGAUGAAGCUGCAUUCAGUGUGGCUUAUGCCAAUAUGUGCCGGUGCCUUGUUCCUGUAAGUAAAAAAAAAAGUAUAUGAUGACCCAUUGAAAAUCAGUUUCUGCUGUUACCUUUUAUUUCAUUGUCAUCUCACAUUGCAAUUUUUACCUGAAUUGUCACAGCAAUGUUGAUUCUGUAGUUUCAUUGGGCUUAUGGUUGGACCAACUCGUUCUCGCACGGAACCUUGAGCUGUAGCACUUAGAACAGUUUUGUUGUUUUCAUGUUUUCAUUGCAGAAAAAAGUGGUGGUGGAGAAGGAGGGGGUAAAGAAAGAUAUAUCCUUCCGCAAGAUUCUGCUAAACAGAUGUCAGAAAGAGUUUGAGAAAGAAAAAUCUGUUGAGAAGAGAAUUCAUGAG